ACCUCAAACAUAAUCCUGUCUUCUCACUUUCACACCAUAUUACGCUCAGGAGAGAAAACUGGAACUUUACUGUUUGGGCUGUCAAUGUGUGCUACCUUAGCUCAGAAGCGGGAUACUAUCUUCACCACCAGGGUCUGCCUCAGAUAUCGCCACUACCAGGGUCUGCAUCAGAUAUCUCCACUACCAGGGUUUGCCUCAGAUAUCUCUACUACCAGGGUUUGCAUCAGAUAUCUCCACUACCAGGGUCUGCAUCAGAUAUCUCCACUACCAGGGUUUGCAUCAGAUAUCUCCACUACCAGGGUUUGCAUCAGAUAUCUCCACUACCAGGGUUUGCAUCAGAUAUCUCCACUACCAGGGUUUGCAUCAGAUGUCUCCACUACCAGGGUCUGCCUAAAAUAUCUCCCAUCUUAUCUAUUUAUUUGGCUUUUUGUUUGGGAAAGAAGAGUUCAGUGCUUGUGGUUUAACGCUCUCUACUUGGUCCUCAAGAAGUGGACCCCAUUUGAACCCUCUAAAUCGGUCUGUGAUUGGCUGUUUCUCAGUAAGGGUGUUCUGUACUGUACUGUGCUUCAGCGGCUAAACAGCCAUGUACAAAAGCAGUUACUCCCAGGCCAAGUUUGGCUUGGAGGCCAGGAGGAAGAUCCAGAAGCCCAGAGGGAAGAGCUGUGGCUACUACAUGAGGGUUGUCUUCUUCUUCUCCUCUCUGAUCCAGUCACUCAUCAUCGUCAGCCUGGUGCUCUUCCUGGUCUACGGGAGCUCCCCAGACGCGGCGGCCGAGAGCCGGGUCAAGGACCUGGAGAAGAGCUUCAACCACCUCUCCAUUGACAACAUCAACCUCCGGCAGCAGGGAAAGAACCUGACGAAGCUCCUGAACGCCACCCUGACUGACAAGAUGCGCAACGACAAAUAUAUGAUGAGUCUGCGUCAGGUGGCAAACGGGUCUGGCAUGUUCAUCGCCAAUCUCAAAGGACUAGUGACUCAGUGUGAAAAUGAUAAGGGAAUAUGUCAGAUUCAACUUAGAAUGAGCCAAUGCUUCAGGGCCAUGCCCCCAAAUGAAAACCAGGUCCAGCAGCUGGAGCAGUUGCUAAAGCUAGUGAGCUCCAACUUCAGUCAGACGGUGCAGUUCAUGAGGAUGGAGAUGGAGAACACAGCCAUGGACCGGGACACCCUGACCCUGGAGGCCAUCUUCCUCCGGAGGGACAAGACCUUCCUGCAGAGACAACUGGAGGGCUACAGGAAGAAGUGCAAGGAGGACUUUGUCCAAUCCCUGGCCGGCAUCUCCGACGUCUCUAAAGCCUUCCUGUUGAAGAUCGACAACCUUCUGCCCAAUGUCAGCCCCUUCCUGCUCACCUGCGAGAAGCAGCUCCACCACCUGGACCAGAUCCGCAACAACUGCACGGGUCUGUCCCGCGAGGUGGAGAACAAGUUCCAGCAAUACCUGAACAAGGUGGGCUCUCAGAUAUUGGAGAUUGAGGGUUGCAGUGCCAGACUGCAGGCAGAUAAAGACCAGCUGAAGGAGGUCUACGACUGGUGCAGCUACAACCGCAGUGCCAUGGCCCUGGAGCACCGCGAGAAGCUUCAGAAGACCCAGGAGAAAUACGACCGAGAGACGGAGAGGCUGCUGAUGGAUAGCAGAAGGCUGCAGGGGGACAAGGAGCUACAGGAGACGGUGAUGAAGGUGAAGGAGGGCGAGAUCGGCAUUCUCAAGGACAAGAUGAAUAACCUCAACACCUCACUGGUCAACUGUGGCUCCAGGACCGGAAUGGGUAACCCAGGAAUGUCCGUACCAAAUCAGACUGGACCCUGGAGUAGCAGGCAUGGGAUGGGUGACCCUGGCUCAACUGGGAAUGGAUUUGGCAGUGCAGGGGCAGAUGGGACAGGGACAGGUAACAAGCCAGGCUCAACUAACCAAUUUGGUAAUACAGGAAUGGGAAGGACAGGGUCAAGUUCAAGUUCUACUGCAUUGGGUUCGUUAGGGCCAGAAAAAGUGUGGGCAGGUCGAACAGGGACAGGCGCGACAGGAGAGUUGGGUGCAAUGAGUUACGCAGGGAUGGGGGAGGCAGGGUUGAGUGCAACAGGGCAGGGCAACAGGGGGCCAACCGAAAUGGGUUUGGAGGCUACAGGUGGGUGGGGUUCCACAGGAAUGGGUAACACAGGGAUGGGUGGGGAAGGGUCUAGUGUAACAGGGCAAGGUAAAAGGGGGUCAACCGCUGGAACAGAAUUGGGUGCUGGAACUGGUGGGUGGGGUGCUUCUGCAACAGGAAACGACAACACAGGACUGGGUAGGUCCGGGUCAAGUGCUUCGUCAUCAUCAGGCGCCACAAGGAUGAACGGUUCAGGAAUGGACGGCUCGAAAGGUUUAGCACAUAUCAAUCAACACUUACGAGAACUGCAGCAGUAUUCUAAUGCCGACUCCGGCUCAGAGUGAGUUCAUAUACCCUCUGGGUAUUUAAAGUCUCUGGGUAAUCCAUGACAUUUCAGAGGAAAAUGGAGGAAAACCUAUAAAACCCAGUCUCCUCAUAUUGAGUUCUGGUUUGUCAAUAUACAGUACCAGUCAAAAGUUCACCUACUCAUUCCAGGGGUUUUCUUUAUUUUUUACUAUUUUCUAUGUUGUAGAAUAA